AAAAGCAUAUAUUCUGAUUUCCUGUGUUUCUCUUGGUGGUGUAAAUAUGUUGUUAAGGGAACUUUAUGUUGGGAAAAGAAGUGUAAUUUCUUCAUGGAGUGUCAUAAAUAGACUUAUUAGAAACAUUCACCAAAAUGCAGCUGUAAAAGAUACCCAAAGUGAACUUUUCAAACAGAAAUGUAACCAAAGAAUGUAUUCUCAAAACAUUCCAAGGACUCUUUCUGUGUCCACUGAGAGUCCAAGAAGAUCUUUCACAACAAAUGUCAUGUUAACUUCUAACAAGCAAGAAGUGCAUGAUAAUGAAGAACGUGCAUCUCAUCAACAUGGUAAUUCAGCUGGUAAAGGAAAUCUGGUUUCUACUGAUAAACAGGAGAAAACAGUGGGACGUCCUAAACCAGAGUUCAAAUGUUUCUACUUCUUCCCACCAAUAAAUAUCAUAAGACUGGUACAAAGAUUCCAACUGCUGGUGUGUGCAACUCUGCUCCCUAGUUGUAUCUAUCACAUAUACACUGUUCCUUCACCCUCAAUUCUUAUGACGGGCUUUGUUGCUGCCAAUGUACUUUUCAUGCCAGCUGUUCUCUACGUGAUGCCGAGAAUUAUCGGAAGUUUGUCGGCAGGUGGGGUGGGGGAGGUGGUGGACACCCUCAAAGUCUCCAGGUUAUCUUUCUUCGGAAAUAGAAAGGACACUUAUUAUAAAAUAGAACAUGUUAAACCUUUGUCCGAGGUCAGGCAUGCUAAUCUUGUGUAUGCAAAGUUUGAAUUGUACAACAGGAAAGAUAAGCUAUAUUUGUUUAACUCAUGGGCUGAGGUCCUUGAUAAAGAAAUGUUUGAAAUUAUAAUGGGGAGACUUAAAGAAUAAAUUGUGAUUUACUCCAUGA